UCUGAGACGAGGGAACCGGAAGUGGUCAAAUGCUAACUCACUUCCGGGUUUUAGGACUCGUUCCUGCACCACUCUAUUCUCUAGGAGUUUAGCAUCUGUUGAAUUGUAAUAUCUCAUGUUUCUGUUGACCACGUGUUUAUCACAGAAUCCUCUCAUCAGCCGAUAUCCAGAAAGGAUCUUGGACAGCUUUGUAUGUAUCACCUGCAUGUUCCCCCUGCCCUCGAUGUCUAAUGGUGAUUCUAAUAUCAGUCCCCCAAUAGAAACUGAGAGUCCUCUAGUCAAAUUGUGUGUCCAAUACAAUUUGAAGCUGUGGUGUGGUGGUAAAGUAGCACAAACACAAUCCUUCCAGCAGACAGGCUUUUCUGGGUAUUAGACAGGGAGAAACAAAUAUUGUUGGGCUGCUGGUUUGUCUGACUUCUGCUGAGUCACACACAGGCACACACAUGGAUUAGCCUGUUCCUCUGUGCGAUACUCCUCAAGGCUCAGACAGCAACAAUAACCCUUUUAUUCAUCCUCUAUUCCCUCCAACUGUCAUUUGAUGAACUCAGGAGAGGAAGGUCCUUGUUCCCCCCACCUCGUGUUAGAGAGAGUAACCCAGACACAGCGAUGGAACUGAAUCCCUCUUAUCUCGCCCUGUCCCGGUGCCGACCCAGCUCCUCUCCUCCUCCCAGAUUAGAGCAGAUUAUUAAUCCCUUUGCUCUGAUAUUCUGGGUUCUCGGGGAAUGCAGCCAACAGGACUGUUUUAGAGAGCUUUGGCUUUACAGAGGGAAGCCGUGCAGCGUGCCAGGGCCAAUCAGAUGGCUCUGUUUCUGAUCAUCUCUGCAAGCAAUCACAUGUUUGCAGAUUUCUGUUCUUCUUAAUAUUGUAACUAAGCCUUUGUGAUUGACCUGGAACAAAACUAAUGUGUGGGUGUGCUUUCCCGGGAGAUUAGGAAUAAGCUUCUUCCGGUUGAUUAUUGGUUAAUCACACCUGAUUUGAAACCACCACUAAUUUGAAUUGGCGUAAUUGCAGUAAAGAUCAUAUCUCAGAUUGUGAGUGAUGUGCAUAUCAGUUUCUUGGUCCAGUUGUGUUGAGAUGCAGAUUGAAGGCAUAUAUGAAUAUUUGUAAACAUACUGUGGAGGCCUUUUGUUUAUAUCUAGAGAAGGAAGCUAGUGUUGUAGUGGAGGGACUGUGUGCCAGCCGCUGCACCCUGCUCCGUGCCUCAGCACUUCUGUAUUCUGCUUUGUAGGAAAUAGCCUGAAGUCUCCCCUUUUGUUUGAAGGGUUACCAUGAGACAGGAAAGACUCAGAGAGAUACAGCUCAAGCCGAGGAAAAGGACUGAGGAAGUAGAAGAAAGAAAGAGGAAGAGACCCUUUUGCUGAGAAAGGCUUACCCUUUGAAAGGCAGCAGAGUGACUGUUCCUUCUGUUGUCUUGUCUUUAUGGCAGCGAGGAGGAAGUCAAACUGCGUGAAGGAGGUGGAGAAGCUGCAGGAGAAGAGAGAGAGGCGCCGGAUUCAGCAGCAGGAGCUACGAGAGAAGAGAGCUCAGGAGGUGGAUACCACCAUCCCUAACUACGAGAUCAUGUACAUGAUCAGAGAUUUCCGAGCCAGCCUGGACUACCGGCCCCUGACCACGGCAGAUCUGAUUGAAGAGCACAGAAUAUGCGUUUGCGUGAGGAAACGUCCGCUCAACAAGAAAGAGUUGGCCAUGAAGGAUCUGGAUGUGCUCACCGUCCCCAGUAAGGACGUGGUGAUGGUUCACGAACCCAAACAGAAAGUGGACCUGACCCGCUACCUGGAGAACCAGACCUUCCGCUUUGACUACGCCUUCGACGACAGCACCACCAAUGAGUUGGUUUACAGGUUCACAGCCAGACCGCUAGUGGAGACCAUUUUUGAGAGGGGCAUGGCCACAUGCUUUGCCUAUGGGCAGACGGGCAGUGGAAAAACCCACACUAUGGGUGGAGAUUUCUCUGGGAAGAACCAGGACUGCUCAAAAGGAAUUUAUGCAUUAGCUGCUCGGGAUGUAUUUCUCAUGUUGAAGAAACCCAACUACAAGAAGUUAGAUCUUCAAGUGCACGCAACCUUCUUUGAAAUCUACAGCGGAAAGGUGUUUGACCUGCUGAAUCGUAAAACUAAGCUGAGGGUGUUGGAGGAUGGGAAGCAGCAGGUGCAGGUUGUGGGACUCCAGGAGAAGGAUGUCAAGUGCACAGAGGAGGUCCUGAAACUCAUAGAAGUGGGCAACAGCUGCAGAACCUCAGGGCAGACAUCAGCCAACGCCCACUCAUCUCGCAGCCACGCCGUUUUCCAGAUCAUUCUCCGCAGGAAGGGCAAGAUGCACGGCAAGUUCUCCCUCAUCGACCUCGCCGGUAACGAGAGGGGGGCCGACACAUCGAGUGCCGACCGCCAAACCCGUCUGGAGGGGGCGGAGAUCAACAAGAGCCUGCUGGCCCUCAAGGUUUGUCGAUUAGACCAGGGGUUCCCAAACUUUUGCCAUGCCAAGGACCCCCAUAUAGUAUUAUCGUCUGGCGGGGGCCCCCCUGUUGCAAUUGAUGAUGGAGAAUAUGACAAAUUAAUCAUACAGUGGUAA